UGAAACAGUAUAUAAUGAUGUUCCUUCCCAGUACCCUCCUUCAGUUCUCCACCUGCCACCACCGAGGAUUCCUCGCCUCUUCUUCUGUACAGUACUAUCCUUCAGCUAAACUACAUCAUACCGGUGAGAUUUAUUUCACAAUAAGUUACCACAUGGCUGGAAAUCCUGUUUGUAGGUCAAGUAAUAACUGUAGAAACUGUUUUGACAAUGAAGGAAUUUUUCACGAGUCAGGUUUUAUCAUGGUUUCAUGACAAAUAUGCAUGAAUUUUCCAUGGGUUUGACAUUUUGCUUGGGCUACUGGUAGCUUUUCUUGCAUGGUUUUGACAGUGUAGAGAACUGACAAUACGGUAAUAGUACCACAAUUGUAGGAACCAUUUAGGAACAAAACAGCUAAGAGCCAUUGUUUAGGUUGUACUUAAUGAUGACCUGUGCCAUGUUAUCUUCCAUAGAGAGACCAUGUCUACUGUAACUAGACAACCAGGGAGCUACCAACCAUCAGACUUCCAGACUGGCCUCUGCGACGUCUUCAGUGACUGUGGGACAUGUAAGCGGACAGAAAUUCCUAUUUAACUAAGAGUGGCUGCAUAUCUUUUGUACAUCCAGUGUUUUUCUUCAUUUCAUGCAUGACUGAGGUAGCAAAAUGUAAUUUUUUUCAUUGCUUUCUCCUUCUCUCCUGAACUGAGAGGUAGUAACAGUAUAAUGUACUUCUACUGUACUCUCUCUCUCUCUCUCUCUCUCUCUUUCUCCCUCUCAGGUUGUUAUGGUUGGUGGUGCUUCCCGUGUCUGGGCUGUUCUAUCGCCAGUGAUAUGGAUGAGUGUUGUCUGUGCGGGCCGUCCGUGGCCAUGCGCACCAUGUACCGUACUAGAUACAACAUCAAGGUGAGUUUCUUUCAUAUACUGUAACAAUAUAGUUAUAUGAUGCUUUAUUACUCUUAUUCGGUCACAUGAAACAUUCUAACCAGAGGGACAGGCUCAGAUGUAUGAGGUUCUCCUUGCCUCUCUGCAGGACUAACUGUCUUGUUUGGUUUGGUGUCCAGGGCUCCCUGUGUGGGGACUUCUGUUCUAUCUUGUGGUGUAGGGUCUGCUCUACCUGUCAGCUGAAGAGAGAUAUAGAUCUACGGAAGGAGCAGGGGAUCUUCUGAAC